AUGGCGGCAGCCGCACAAGCCCAGUACUAUAACCUCUACAGAGGCAGCAGUGUUGGCGAGGCGCUCAUCGAUGCAAUCGACGAGCUGAUCAAUCAGUCACGGAUCGAGCCACAAUUAGCGAUGAAGAUAUUGGACAACUUCGACAGAGCCAUGUAUGAGAAUCUGAGCGCCAAUGUCAAGACCAGAGUGACGUUCAAGGGCCACCUGGAGACCUAUCGAUUCUGCGACGAUGUGUGGACUUUCCUUGUCAAGGACGUCAAGUUCAAGUCGGAAGGCAUGACCGAGUUUACUGGCGACAAGGUCAAGAUCAUCAGCUGUAAUGCGAAGAAGCCAGGCGAGCAAUGA